AUGAGGCUUAAUGCUAGUAGCGAGUGCCCUGGCCGUCAUGCUAGUAGCGAGUGCCCUGGCCGUCAUGCUAGUAGCGAGUGUCCUGGCCGUCAUGCUAGUAGCGAGUGCCCUGGCCGUCAUGCUAGUAGCGAGUGCCCUGGCCGUCAUGCUAGUAGCGAGUGUCCUGGCCGUCAUGCUAGUAGCGAGUGCCCUGGCCGUCAUGCUAGUAGCGAGUGUCCUGGCCGUCAUGCAAGUAGCGAGUGUCCUGGCCGUCGUGCUGGUAGCGAGUAUCCUGGCCGUCAUGCUAGUAGCGAGUGUCCUGGCCGUCAUGCUAGUAGCGAGUGUCCUGGCCGUCAUGCUAGUAGCGAGUGCCCUGGCCGUCAUGCUAGUAGCGAGAGUCCUGGCCGUCAUGCUAGUAGCGAGUGUCCUGGCCGUCAUGCUAGUAGCGAGUGUCCUGGCCGUCAUGCUAGUAGCGAGUGCCCUGGCCGUCAUGCUAGUAGCGAGUGUCCUGGCCGUCAUGCUAGUAGCGAGUAUCCUGGCCGUCAUGCUAGUAGCGUGUGCCCUGGCCGUCAUGCUAGUAGCGUGUGCCCUGGCCGUCAUGCUAGUAGCGAGUGUCCUGGCCGUCAUGCUAGUAGCGAGUGCCCUGGCCGUCAUGCUAGUAGCGAGUAUCCUGGCCGUCAUGCUAGUAGCGUGUGCCCUGGCCGUCAUGCUAGUAGCGAGUGCCCUGACCGUCAUGCUAGUAGCGAGUGUCCUGGCCGUCAUGCUAGUAGCGAGUGUCCUGGCCGUCAUGCUAGUAGCGAGUGCCCUGGCCGUCAAUCUAGUAGCGAGUGUCCUGGCCGUCAUGCUAGUAGCGAGUGUCCUGGCCGUCAUGCUAGUAGCGAGUGUCCUGGCCGUCAUGCUAGUAGCGAGUGUCCUGGCCGUCAUGCUAGUAGCGAGUGUCCUGGCCGUCAUGCUAGUAGCGAGUGCCCUGGCCGUCAUGCUAGUAGCGAGUAUCCUGGCCGUCAUGCUAGUAGCGAGUGUCCUGGCCGUCAUGCUAGUAGAGAGUGUCCUGGCCGUCAUGCUAGUAGAGAGUGCCCUGGCCGUCAUGCUAGUAGCGAGUGUCCUGGCCGUCAUGCUAGUAGCAAGUGUCCUGGCCGUCAUGCUAGUUGCGAGUGCCCUGGCCGUCAUGCUAGUAGCGAGUGCCCUGGCCGUCAUGCUAGUAGCGAGUGCCCUGGCCGUCAUGCUAGUAGCGAGUGUCCUGGCCGUCAUGCUAGUAGCGAGUGUCCUGGCCGUCAUGCUAGUAGCGAGUGUCCUGGCCGUCAUGCUAGUUGCGAGUGCCCUGGCCGUCAUGCUACCUCUGAAGAAACGGCCAACGGUUCAAAAUAUGUCCCACCUAUCAAAUUAUUGUACAGGGACUUCUUUAUAAUGGUCAACAAAAUGAAAUAA